AUGAACAGAGACGAUAAUAGCAAUUUUGAUUAUGAAGAUGAGGAUGAUACCCAUGAUCUUCAUCAUCCUACAGAUGAUACAUAUAAUGAUUAUGGAGAUAGUGACGAUUAUCAUAUGGAUUCAUCUUCUCAUGAGGAGGAGGACGACGAUGACAACGUCGAAGAAGAAGAAGAUUUGGAUCAUGAUGAUGAAAUACAUGGAUUUUCAAAUACUCAGAAUGGUGGAGCAUUCAAUCCAAAUAGUUUCUUUCAACAAUUCGCUGAGAAUGCAGGUUCUUCAGAGAGAGGAAGGAAUUUGGAACAAAUGCUACCUGGAUUAUUUUCAAUGAUUAAUGGUGGAAGAGCUCCAAAUGGAAUGAUGAGUUCAAUGAAUAGCAGGGACUCAAGGAUAAGUAAAUUGGUAGAUAAUGUAAUCAAGGCAAACGAAGAUCCUUAUAUUGCAAUGGAAUCCUUAAAAGAACUUUCAGAAAAUAUGUUAAUGAUGAAUCAACUUGUAGUCGAUAGAGCAAUUCCAACAGAAAAAUUGAUUACCGCAUUGGUUGAUGUUUUAUCAAGUCCUUUCCUUGCUGCAGAAAUGGAAUUACAAAUGCAAGCCUGUAGAUGUCUUUAUAAUCUAUUUGAAGUUAAUCCAGAAAGUAUAUCGUUAGCAGUAGAGAAGAACAUAAUUAAAGUACUCAAAGAAAAAUUAACUGAAAUAAAUUUUAUUGAUUUGGCUGAACAAGUAUUAGAGACUUUGGAAUAUAUAUCAAGAGUUCAUGGGAAAGAUAUAUUGAAAGCAGGUGAUUUAACAUGUUAUAUUCAAUAUUAUGAUUUUUUCACUAUUCAUGCUCAAAGGAAAGCUAUCGCUAUAGUGGCAAAUGCAUGCGCAAGAGUUAAUAUUAGUGAUUUCGAUACAAUUAAAGACGCAAUGGUUGUUAUUGCGCCUAUAUUUCAAAAUGUUUCUGAUAAGAAUAUCUUAAGUAGAUUACUUAAUGCAUUAUAUGGUAUUGUUCGUGGAGUUCGUGAAACUGACAUGUUAGAACAAAUUUGUACUACAAAUAUUUUAGAACGUUUAUUAUUAUUAACUUCAAGUUCGGAUGUUUCCCUAGAUGAUAAAUUAAAUUGUUAUGAUAUUAUCACUUCAAUUGUUGCUAAUAGUAGAGUCCUUUCAAGAAAUAUCAUUGAAAAUUCAAAUAUCUCUGAAGUAAUACUUCAUUGCCUGAAUAGUUAUAGUAAGAAUAGUAACGCAGCACUUCAUGAAACUUUAAUGUUUGUUCCGAAUGAUAUUUUAGUUAGAAUAGGAAGGUUUAUAGCAUUACUUUUACCACCAGAAGAAGAUCAAAAGAUUUCUAUGGAGCAAUCGAUAUAUGAUUCAUCACUUGGUACAGACUCAACAUUAAAAUCACUGGUUGAUAAUUUGACACCAAUAUUUGUUGACAUAUAUAUGAAUUCGAUGGAUUUCCCCGUUAGAAAAUACAUAUUGAUUGCUUUAUUAAGAUUGUUAUCAUGUUUACCAAAAGACACUCUAUAUGAUAAAAAGAUCAAUACAGAAGUGAUGAGAUUAAUUGGCUCAGCUUUAGCACAAAAUAAAACACAUAUUACAGACGAUAAAAAAAUUCCAAAUGAUAUAGGAGUUCUUAUUGUGGGUGUUCUCCAAGUGAUCGCAUUGUUGAUAAAGAAAUCCAAAGAAGAUGCAAUUUCUCUUUUGAAAAGAGAAGGUAUUUCGGAAUUAAUCGAAUCAUUUUUAAGUGUAUUUGAUUCUAUUGACAAGGAUUCUUCAUUGGUCUUUGAAGAAAUCGAUAAUAAUAAUGAUGACGAUGAAGAUGAUGAAUCUUCUGACUAUGAUAGUGAACUUGAGGAUGAAGAAGGAAGUUAUUUCAAAGUACUCGGUUCUGAUUUUGACUUCCCAGAUUGUGUUAAACCAAAAAAAAUGAAAUUCACCGUAUUUAAACCCAAGUCUUCUGAUGUUUUAGUGCAAGAGGUUAUUGAUGAAUGUAAAUUCAUUCUCAAUAUUUUGAAUAAAGAAUUAUCAACUGGUUCAAGUGAAUUGAAGGAAAUCCGCCACAUAGUUGAAAAACUUGAGCAGAUGGAAGUAGAUUCUACAAAAUACAAAGAACUACUCCAAUACUGGACUGUCGUUAGAGAUUGUGUCUUUAGACCUGAUUUUACUCUUUCACCUUUCGAAUUUAUCUCAUCAGGAUUGUCAUCAGCUAUAAGUUCUAAAGUUGAAACUUUUGCUAGCACAACAAAUAAUAAUAAACGUGUACUAAUUGAAGUGUUUGGAGAAAAAUUGAUUGAUUUUAUAGAUAUUCUUCAAGCUGCUCUAACUAGAAUAGAAACUUUCGAAAUUAUUGAUUGUGGCUUGCAAGGUUCCGAGGGAGGUAUGGCAUCUUUGGGAAAACAGAUUACAAUUGAACUAAUCCCAACUAGUAUUUCAGAAGAAGAUAAGUUUACCAAGUCAUUGAAACCGACCAUGAUAUCGAUUCAAUGCAUAAGUUCGUUCAAGACAUGCUGUGAAUUUUUGAAGAGUCGUUUACUUAAUGUAAGUUUUGUAGAGUCUAUGCUUGCAAAUGAGACUGGUGGGAUCAAUUCAGAAGAGAUAAAGGCAAUAAAGGCCUUGAAUGAUUCUGAUUUUACAUUCAAGAUAGGAGAAGAUCCAAUAUCUGUAAAUGAAACAAUAUUUGGAGCCGUGUUUAAAUAUACAGAAAAAUCUCAAGAGGAUGUAAAAGAAUUGUGGACAAAACCCCAUUCUAUUAAAUUUACUGUAAACUUAAAGAAAUUAGAUAGAUUUGAAGAAUUACCGGAUGCUGAAAACAGUAGUAAUUCUAUUGAGGAGAAUAUCUCAGAUAUUGAGCACGAUAAUGAUGCACCUACUGAUGCACCUUUAGAGGAUACAAUAAUUGAAAAUGUGUAUGAACUAGAAAAACGUACUGAGAAAAAUUUAACCCCAGUGGAUCAUAUACUGUACAUUCUGAAAUUUUUAAGGGCUAAUAUGGAUAAUUCGGAUAUAUUUAUAAAUUCUAAAUUGAGUGCAAAAUUAUCCAAACAAUUGGACGAACCAUUGAUCAUCGCAAGUGGCGCAUUACCUGAUUGGACAUUAUAUUUGACGAGGGAUUUCUCAUUUUUAUUCCCAUUCGAAUCUAGGAUGUUCUUUUUAAAGUGUGUAUCAUUUGGUUAUGGUAGAUUAAUUCAAUUAUGGAAAAAUAAAGCCGAACUUGGAAAGGAUUUAUCUAGUGAUAAUCCAAUUUUACAGUUAGGCCGUAUUACAAGACACAAAUUAAGGAUUCCUAGAGAUAAAAUAUUUUUAACCGGGUUGAAAAUUUUAGAUAAAUAUGGAUCGAAUCCAAGUAUCCUUGAGAUGGAGUAUCAGGAUGAAGUAGGCACUGGUUUAGGUCCAACUUUAGAAUUUUAUGCAACAAUGUCGAAGGAUUUUUCUAGACAAUCAUUGGGUAUGUGGAGGGUUGAUAAUUAUAACUCUAAGAUAGAUGAGUCAGAUGGUGAUACCAAUCAGGAGUAUGUUACACAAUUAUUAUUCCCAAUGAGCAUUGAUCCUUUGGUUGAAAAAAGAGGUAAAAUUAAAGAACUAUUUUUUUACUUGGGUGAAUUUAUAGCAAGAUCAAUGUUGGAUAAUAGAAUCCUUGAUUUUAAUUUCAAUACGCUGUUUUUCUCAUUAACCCAUGAGUUGGUAAGAAACCAGAAGUUACCAGAUUACAUGGCAAAUGUUGAACAAUCCAUAGACAUGAUUUCUUAUAUCGAUAAACAAAUUGGUAAUUCAUUAAAAUAUAUGUAUGAGAAUAAAGCUAAUGCUGGCAAGAUUGAAGAAUUAUAUUUGACUUUUAUUGUACCUGGAACAACUAUACCUCUGAUCGACAAUGGGGAUGAAACAAGUGUGACCUCAGAAAAUAUUCUUGAAUAUAUUAAUUUGUUAAUAUCUGGAUUAAUUGGUGAUGGUAUCAAACAACAGCUACUAGCAUUCAUUGAUGGGUUUUCUAAAGUAUUUCCAUACUCUAACCUCCUAAUUUUAUCUCCUGAAGAAUUGAUUGAUAUAUUUGGUCGUGUGGAAGAAGAUUGGUCAAAGGAAACAUUAUACAGUUGUAUUGUGAGUGAUCACGGUUAUACUAUGGAUUCUACUAUUAUUCAUGAUUUAAUAUCUAUUAUGUCAUCCUUUAACCCUAAGGAUAAAAGACUAUUUACUCAGUUCUUAACUGGGUCUCCUAGGUUACCCUUUGGUGGUUUCAAAGCUUUGAAACCUAAAUUUACCGUUGUCUUGAAGCAUGCAGAGGAUGGAUUAUCCCCCGACCAAUAUCUACCUAGUGUUAUGACAUGUGCAAAUUAUUUGAAACUGCCUAAAUAUAGUAAUCAAGAAAUUAUGCGUACAAGAAUCCAACAGGCAAUUGAAGAAGGUGCUGGUGCAUUCCUCUUAUCUUAG